CACCAAGGACUCAUCUCCUCAACUGACGAAUCCGAUGAACGCAAUAACUCUUCUUUAUCUUGGUUUCUCAGAACUUUUCUCUAGCCAAAACCCCAAAACAAGAAAUACACAGGAUGUCCGAUGAAUCCGACGAUGAGUUGAGAAGAAACAGAGGGCCGUCAAUGGCGCCCGAAGUGCAAUACCCGAAAUUCGAUCAAUUCGAUGAUUGGGAACCCAAUGUUUUUCCUCCAAACGACGUUUCUGAUGCUUUCUUUGAGCAUCCAGAACUCAGGCGUUCUUUGUCAUCUGAUGACUUGAUGCUGGAAGAUAGCGCCCUUAAAUCAAAGGGUGAAGUGAAUCCAUCAAAGCUUGACGACAAGCAGCAAAGAUAUACAGAUUUCCGCAAUCAAAAUCUGAACAAAUACUUCUAUUAUGACAGUCCUCUUUCAGAGGAAACCGGUGUUUGGAUACCUAUCUCUAUCCCACCAAUGCCAAAAGGAGAUCUUGAAGAAUGGCAAAAAGGUUUUUACAUGGAAGGGGACUACCUCCCAGAGGGUGACAAGGGAUGGGAUCAAUGCACUGGACAAGAUAAUAAGGAGAUGACAAUGUGGGAAGUGUUUCGUGACAUGUUAAUUAUGGCACGAGAGAAAAUAAGUUCUCAUGCAUCCAUUGAUUUUCAUGGAUAUAUAGGUCCAUGGGUUUCAAAACAUAUGCUAAGUGAAGUUUGGGAAGAGAUGGCACAAACUCUUAAAGAUGCCAACUUUGGAAAUCUUAAGGUUAUCCUUGAGGCGGAGCCACCAAGAUGGUUGCCUGAUAGUGCUGCAUCAUCAUGCAUGCUUUGCAACCUGCGUUUCCAUCCCAUCAUGCGGCCGAGACAUCAUUGCAGGUUUUGUGGAGGCAUAUUUUGCAAUGGUUGUUCUAAAGGAAGGAUGUUGUUGCCAGCAACAUUCCACACUUCAAACCUGCAAAGAGUUUGUGAUGUUUGCAAUGUACGGCUUGAGCCCAUCCAAACUUUCUUAAUAGACCAAAUUAGCCGUGCGGUGCAGCUUCCAACCCAUGAUUUAACAGAUCUAAGCACUUUGAGAUCGUGGCUUAAUUUCCCUUGGAGUCAAUCCAUGGAAUAUGAAAUAUAUAAGGCUACAAAUACCUUGAGGGGAUGUGAUAAGGUUGGAUAUAUGAACCCCGACAAGUCCAUUCCAUCUGCCAUUCUCAAACAAGCAAAAGGACUUGCUAUUCUAACAGUUGCUAAAGUUGGUGCAAUGUUUACCUACAACAUUGGGACUGGCAUAGUGGUAGCUAGGAGAGACGACAAAUCUUGGUCUCCUCCUUCUGCCAUCUCGUCUUUUGGCUUUGGUUGGGGGGCUCAGAUUGGAGGUGAAGUGACAGAUUUCAUAAUUGUGUUGAGAACCCAAAGUGCAGUGAGGACUUUUAGUGGGAAAGGUCACAUAUCUCUUGGUGCAGGUUUGAGUGCCGCAGUAGGCAUUGCCGGAAGGGCCGCUGAAGCCGGUCUUCGUGCCGGUGACGGCGGUUGUGCACCGUGCUAUACCUACAGCUUCAGUAAAGGAGCAUUUGUGGGGUGCUCUCUUGAAGGGAGCAUGGUGACAACCCGCACACGAGAAAAUUCGAGAUUUUAUGGCGAUCCAUCAAUCACUGCAUCAACCAUUCUUCUGGGAUCCAUGCCCCGCCCCCCUGCAGCCGCUAUCUUGUACUAUGCGCUUAAUGACUUGUACAAGAAAAUAGAGAACUCAUGAAAAACGCAUUGUUCAUUUCGUUUUCAACACAAACUGUAUAUUCUUCAUCCACUCUCAUCUUACAUAGAAUGAUUCUAGUGCAUUGCAUCCUUACAGCAAACGGACGCCUUUUUGUAAAGCAAUUGCAUGUGUGUGUUUAGUGUGUGUAAAAUCUCAAGCAGGUGUAUGACCAAGUGAAGAUCCUCUCGACCGUUGGAUUUCUUUAUCUUUUCAACUCAGUCAGCCGAUCUAAAAGGCGAGAGCAUUCGUACAUGACAGAAAUGCAAUCCCAGGCUUCUCUGUAAGAUCAAAAGAAUCAAUGGUGAUUCCAGGAGGGAACUCCCAAUCAAAGUGGAAGAGGACAAAGCUCUCCGGAUCCACCCAAUAGCGGGGAUCCCUAGCUAUGGCCCACACGUUAACCAGCACUUGGGUUCCCCGCGGUAUGGUGUACCUGCCGCUAACCAUGGUUUCUUCCAUGCACUCUCUGGGAAGCAACAAGGGAGUCGGGGGGUGGCACCUCAGAGUCUCUUUCACCACCGAGUUUAAGUAUGGUAAC